AUGACAGAGAAUACUCGAAGGUUCUGUGAGGUUUGUUCUAAUAAAUCCUUUGAUGAUGGUGGUGAUGGAUUCUUCUAUUGCACUCGUUGUGGCUCUCAAGUGAAUGACAUCAUUGACACUGGUGUUGAUGAGGAUGACCUAUUCAAUCCAGAGGGAAUAUACUCUGCCAGUCAGCGCCGUAAAUAUACUAACGUCAGUCAACCUGAACCCCUAUCUCAGGUAAAACUCUCCCAGCAUUUGGAAACCCAAGAUGACUAUGACGAGCAUAAUGGAGAUGAUGGAGUGGUGCCUGCUGAGCCUAGUGAUUUUGGAUCGUCUCAAAUCUCUUUGACUUAUAAAGACUAUUAUUCAGGUAUCCGGUUAAGGUACAUUAUGGGGGUACAAGUUAUGAUCCAAUUGCAGUGCAAAGCUCUGGUGGAGAAAUUUAACGUAAGCCCUCUGAUCGUUGGGCUUGUUGGGCCUAUUUGGUUGAGACUCUUGGCACAUGAAAAGAUUAUGAAUGAUGAGUGGGCGGACAAUGUCAUUCACGAAUCAGAGUCUCAAACUCAAGGUGAAAUAGAACUUUCUCAGCCAACUGGAAGCAAUAAAACAGAACCUCACAAUUUACUUGGAAAGCGGGCAGUAACCAUAUGGCAUAAAUCUUUGAGCAGCAUGAUUCCGUUACCUUGUUCUUUGGCUAUCUCUUUUCUUGUCUGUCACGUGUCAAGGGAAGCAAUCUUGCCAACAGACAUAUUGAAGUGGACGUUAGAAGGAAAGCUCCCAUAUUUUUCGGCUUUUCUUGAAAUAGAAAAGCAGCUGGGACCUCCUUCAAGGUCCUGCCCUAUCAGUACCAGUCGCAUGUUCAGGCCUAUCAAAACUAUUACCUUGCAAAAGUUAGAGUCCCUUGCUGCCUCCAUCGCCAGGAAAAUAGGCUUGGAAUUGCCUUCAGUCAACUUCCAUGCUAUAGCUUCCCGUUAUCUCAAGCACUUAUCGCUUCCUGUUGAGAAAAUUAUUCCUCAGGCAUGCCAAGUGUAUGAGUGGUCUAUGCCUCCGGAGUUGUAUUUAUCAGAUAACAAGCUCAGGCUGCCGUCUCGUGUUUGCGUGAUGUCUAUACUGAUUGUGACAAUGAGGAUUCUUUAUGACCUAAAUGGCGGAAAAUGGGAAUUGAUUUCAUCUCGUUCCAAUAAUUUAGUGUCUACGGAUGAAGACGAUUCUUCUUCAUGUGAUCCAGAUCCUCAUGAUAGUACAUCAGAUAUGAAUAAAUCCAAUUUUGAUGCUUUGAAACUCUUGAAGAUUCUUGAAGAAAAAUACAGUGAGCUCAGUGAUACAUAUGAUUUUUCAAAAGAUUUACAAUCUUAUCUUCUGUACUGCAAAGAUGUGGUUUUUGCUGGACUAGAGCCUGCUUAUGACGAUCAUGAAGAAGAAAGGAUAAUAGAAGAUUUAUGGGACUUCUAUCAAAGCCAUAAGGCUGGCAAAGCAUCAGAAAAUGGGAAAACAGACUCCCACACUUGUAACGGUUUUCACCAUAGCGGAUCCAGACAUGGCUGCAGCAGCAGACGGAAAGAAAGGGAGAACUUUAGGGAUGACGGAUGCAAAUGCAAAAUGUCAAGGGAUGAUGGUGAUUCAAAUGCUGUUAAUUGCUCACAAUGCGGCUUGGAGGAAACGGCGUUGAGCCAGCUGAAAGAGGAUAUGAAAGAGAAUCGAUUUGUUUAUAUACCACCGAGGAAAAAUGUGAAGAAGAAAGACGGCUACAUCAGAUACGCUAGAAAGAGAGACGGGGCUUUUCUUUACGCUGUGCAUGCUGAUUAUUACAUAUUACUUCGAUCUUGUGCUAAGGUUGCACAAGUUGAUGUUAGGACUAUGCAUGUUGGAGUAUUGACUUUUGAGAGAAGAUUGGAAACGCUAGAAAGAAGAAUAGAUUUUUGCUUAUGUAAGAGACUUCCCGAUGAUUUCUGUGAAUUUUGUCGCAAUGAGUAAUGACAUUCAUCAUUUUUUAUCCAA